AUGUUGUGGUCUUUACUUGCCGUCAACGCGCUGAUGACGCACCAUGUCUUUGCACAGAACAUGCUUCGUUUUGCAUGCUCGCAGCUGACCGUCGAGCGGGCCGACCCACUCAUGGAACCGGUCCAAUUCGACCCUCCUUUGCGGUCAACAUGCACAUCUUGCACCUACAGCGAGGACUUUAGUAACUAUUGGACCGCAUCAUUAUACUUCCGCUCCCCUGACAACGGUACAUUCCAACAUGUGCCGCAAUUUGCCAACGUUGGGCUUCAGCAGGACGGUGGGAUGACGAUUUAUUACAUGCCAUACUCUGCCAAGAACAAUAAGAUGACAGCUUUCAGGCCAGGGUUCCGCAUGAUUGCUGGCGACCCCUUGGCCAAGAAGCCAAAUGGUGCGAGCAUCUGCCACCGAUGCCUGGGUAACGGUGAGGGCUUUGCUCCGUGCGAUUCAAAGGACACUGCAGAGCUGCCGAAGAAAUACUGUCCAGGUGGCAUCCGGGCAACAGUAAUUUUUCCGUCAUGCUGGGACGGUGUUAAUCUUGACUCGCCCGAUCACAAAAGCCAUGUCGCGUACUCUAAUGGCGGCGGCCUGGGAUCACCAAACUGUCCCAGCACGCAUCCAGUCGCUAUCCCACAGGUCAUGUACGAGAUUAUGUGGGACACUGGACGAUAUAAGAAUAACGCAUGGUAUGCCAAUGGCAAGCAACCCUUUGUGUACAGCUUUGGAGAUGGUACUGGAUAUGGUCAGCACGGCGACUAUCUCUUCGGCUGGAAAGACGACUCUUUACAGAGGGCUAUGGACGCUCUGCCAAGUGGAAAGUGUGCCAACGCCAACUGCCAGGUUUUGAAAAUACAGUCUGCGCAAGACUCGAUGAAGUGCAAAAAGGCUCAGCAGGCAGUUGAGGAUGUUGGAAUGAGCGGGAAUUGGCUAAAGGAACUUCCUGGUGGUAUGCCGGUUGUCUACUGA